GGCGUUGACGACCUUGUCGUCUUCGUCCUCUGUGAACUCCUGGACGAUCUAUAAAUACCCUCUCAGUACUUUGAAUCUUCACACGUCUUCUUUAAAUCCAAUACAGAUACACUCGGCACAGUCAAAUCAGUAUCUACUUUACAGAAAUGGCAAAGCAAAAGAUUGUGGUGAAGGUCACAAUGAACAACGAAAAGAAAAUCCGUAAGGCUCUGAAAAUCGCUGUUAGUCUCUCCGGUGUUGAAUCAGCAUCUUUCGUUGGAUCAGAUAAAACCCAAAUCGCUGUGACUGGGGAACAUGUCGACUCAGUUGAACUGGCGAACUUGCUAAGGAAAGGUGUUGGAUACACAGAGCUAGUGAGUGUUGGUCCGGUGGAGGAGAAGAAACCAGCCGCCGCAAAAGAAACAAAUCCCACGGUAGCGCCACUAGAUUUUACAGUUAAUCCAUACCAAUAUUACUACGGCAGCUAUGGGAUGCCCUACUAUGCAUAUUAGAUUUAGAUGUUAUUUAGUGAAAGAUGGUGAAAGAAAUUAGUUUUAUAUUGAUGCAUAACUAGUUUCAUUUAACCUUUUUUUUUUUGGGAGUUUUGCAUUGCAUGAAAUAAGAGACCCUUGAUGAAUGAUAUAUGGGAAGAUUUUGCGAUACUUAAUAUACAUUAGUUUAUUAAGCAUCUUAUUAAAAAAAAUAAUAAUGAUAGUCUUGUAAAUUAUUUCCAUAUGUCCUCAUUGAAUACUAAUUUGUUCCAUAUGUCGUCAUUGAAUUCUAAUUCGUCAUUACAAAU